AUGAGCGACAACAAGUUGUGUUCGCUGUUGAGCUUGGACGAUUUCCUCUGUUUCAAUGGCCCUACAGGAGUGGUUGUUGCCCAGGAUGACAGCAGAACGAACUUCUUCCACCAUCUUGGCCUGCAAGCAAACGCUUACCGGCACCGCAUGCUCUAUAGAAAGAUGAAGGAAGAAGCCAAAGUGGGUAUGCGUCGACUGUUUGGAGAUCCCAAGUCACUAGAUCAAUCUGCGGCACGUGGCAAGACGGUCACGCCACCAUACAGUGUCAGUCAAAUGUCCGAACUGGCCUUUCAACGGGAAGUGGAAAACAUCUACGAGAACGCGUCUCGACAGACCAGAGGGAUCUACGACCUUACGCGGACCGCCAAUGGGCACAAUUGGGUGGUCCGAUGGAUGCUGUGGCAUGUCAUUCAAGCACGACAUGCUGAGGAGAACCGGGCGGCGAGCAGUGCAGGCGAAGAGGAUCGUUCAGUCACGUCUCCUUGCUCUCCUGGGAUGGAUUGGUCACCGGUCAGUUGCUGCAAUCCAGUGCGAAGUAAAGCAGCGUGGAUCAAGACAGUGGUCACGCAGUACGAGACGAGUGAUAGUGAAGACUGGGAGAACGACUAUCCGCAUCACGUUAAAAUUAAACCGAGGCAAGCGGCAGCACAUCUGGAAACUCCUACGACACCGCGGAAAUCAGUAUUCUGGGAUCAUGUCAUGACUUGA